AUGGAGGCUUCUCUUGCCGUCUGCAUCCUCGCUGCUCUCCUGGCUAUGGGGGCCUGUCUGCAGUGUGAGGUUUGCGAUGGACCAGGAACCAGCUGCACGGGCGACCUACAGACCUGCCUUGAUGGACAAGACUCUUGUGGAGUCGCUCUGACAGAAAUGACAUGGGCGGGAAUGAAGACCCAAACCGUUCUCAAGGGCUGUGUGACAUCCAGCCAAUGUAGAUCUGGCCCCGUCUCUGUGAAUUUCGGGAAUGGAAUGGAAAUAAGGACACGCUUCACCUGCUGUGUGGGAGAUGCCUGCAGAACAACCACAGUUACAGUGCCCCCGGCCGACACCAAACCCAACGGCCGGAGCUGCCGUGGCUGCUACGUGUUGAAUGCUGGUCAAUGCAAUGAACAAACCAUAGCGUGUACUGGACCUGAGACACAGUGUAUAGACGUCGCUGGGACCGUAACGAUAAGUGGAAGUCAAAUGCAGACUGUCAUGAAGGGCUGCGCUUCCGAGUCCAUGUGUGCCGAUAUAAAAGUGGGUUCAGGGACCUUUGCAGGGAUUAGUGGAGAUCUAACCACGGCCAAAUGCACAGCGGCCUCUGGCGCGGCGGGCAUGACUCCGGGACCAGCCGGGCUCCUCCUCCCGGCCCUCGCUGGGCUUCUCCUGCUGAAGCUUCUCUCCUGA